AUGGUCGUUCCGAGGCCUACGGCAGAGAAGAAGCUCGGUCAUAGCAACGAGGAGGACAAGAAAAAGGUGCCGUUCUUCUCGAAAUUUGCUUAUACGAAGACUUUCCAAGGUUCAACGAUGGCUGGAGGCGAUUAUAUUCCGUUAUUUCCACAUUUGGACGCCAAUCAACUGUCAGGGAAUGAUCAAAUCUUAUGAAAUCGCAGAACUUUGUCUCCGAGCUCGAGAGUUCUUCUGGAUGAAUCGGCUUUACAGAGAGGUAUACUUCCUUCUCAGUGGUUCCUGCUUGGUUAGGGCUUUCUAUUUCCAGGUAGACGUCCCAGUGAAGAUAGUCGGGGACAUUCACGGGCAAUUCGAAGACCUCCGACACAUGUUCAACAUGAACGGCUGGCCGUUCAGUGAAGAUGAGAUCAAGGAGAUGGGCAAGAAUCAUUACGGAAGAGUGAAGCUCGUCGACAAACACGUCACCAAGACGUCUUUCAUUGGUUCUGGUUAUUUUGAGAUCAUGAAGCUUCAGGUUCCGACUUCCGAUUCAGUAUGGAUCGCCUGAUCGACACCCUGGCCCCAGUCACUAUCUCUUCCUGGGAGAUUAUGUCGAUCGUGGGACUUUUUCUCUGGACGUCGUUGUUUUGCUGUUCGCUCUACAGGUUUUCUGAAUGAAAUUUUUUUAUAAUAUUUAUUUUGCCUCCUCAAAAGGGACUUUUAAAUUCUGUCGUUUCCGUUUCAUUUUUGUAAUCUCUCAGGACCUUUAGACACUUGAAAACCCUUGAAAAAUCUCUGAAGUCUCUUCCAGCUCCGCUACCCAGAACGAAUCACACUCUUACGAGGCAACCACGAGUCUCGGGCCGUCAACAAGCAGUACGGCUUCUACAACGAAGUGAUGCGACGCUACAGCGAACACAUCUACGAGAUCUGCCAGUUGCCCUUCUACACGAUGCCUCUCACAGCCAUCGUCAACAAGCGGAUCAUGUGCAUGCACGGCGGCAUUUCUGAAACCCUGCACGACUUCAAGCAGGUCAGCACUGUCAGAUAAGCCUGGGAACUUGAUCAACUUCAGCUCGACAACGUCAUGCGACCUUUCGACAUCCCUGACGUCGGAAUCAUAGCCGAUUUGACUUGGGCGGAUCCAGAUCCCAGCGUCGACCGAUAUCAGGACUCGCCUCGCGGCGCUGCCAAAAUCUUUGGCGUCAAGGCGGUUGAAGAAUUCUGCUCCCAUUUCGAUCUCGACCUCAUUGUUCGAGCUCAUCAGGUCAGUACUCUCACCAGGAUCUGUAUUAAAACGGACUUGAGUGAAACGAAGUUUGUUUCAGGUAGUACAAGACGGUUACGAGUUCUUCGCAAACCGACGUCUUGUCACAAUUUUUUCCGCGCCUUACUACUGUAGCCAGACUUUUAACGUUGCUGCCGUACUUCAUAUAUCCAAAGACAUGGUGAGAGAAUCAGAAACAUUUGCGUCCCUGGAUCGAACUCCUGAAUAAUGACUAGGUCGGCUCGUUCUCCCUGAUGAAGCCUGUCCAAGAGCUCAACUCUCAUAGCAAACGGCAGCAAAAGAAGACGGCCAACGUCGGUCCCACCGCUCCGACGCCCAUCGCGACGACGCCUGUCGACAAGGACAACGACAAGAAGACGACCGGAGACGGCGACGGCAAGUCCGAGGAGGAGCACUAG